GUUCACUUUAUCAACACCUUUACUCCUGACACAAAGAGAAAACAUCAGAAGCGUCUUUACAACACAAGAAGAUGGGUCUCCUGUCCAUCAUGGUGCUUUCACUGACUGUGUUGCUGCUUGCUGCAAACAGUUUCCCGCCUGCAGUGGACGAGACCCAACUAAAAAAUCUAGUUUCACAAGUCUUGAAUCUCUACAGACCAACAUACGAGUUCAAUAAUUCUAUGAAAACCCCCAUGUUCAGUGUGGUUGCGAGAAUCCCGUUCAACAGUGAAACUAAUCAGUAUGAUAUCAGCCAAGUCACUGAUGAUGCCAAUAAUGUAAAGGACACCAUCGUAGGUUGUGACGUUUACAAUGGAACAAAUAUACUGGCAGCCACAGUUUUAAGAUGGCCUGAUGUUGUGGCUCAGUGUCCGGAUGGACGUGAUCAGUGGACUAUAAGCAGCCAGGCUAGAACUUGGGCGGACGCGUACCGUCAGAAUACGAGGUCAUUUAAUAAAGGCACAGCUGUGCAUGCAGAGUAUCGUACUCUUCAGAACUUGCGUACUUGGCUCAACAAUCACAAUAUAGGACAAGACCUGUUGCUUAUUUAUGUCUAUGCUUCUCCAUGUGCUAAGAGAUGUACAAACAGAGACAAUAAGGGUAAUAUUCUGAAACUCUUAACAGACUACGUAGAGUUUAACCUAGUGUUUGUGUUUUCUAAAGUAUUCAAGCCUAGAAAUACCAUUAUACCUCCAGAGGAUCUACAGGAUGCUCUGAAGAACCUGGGGGGAACAAUUGGUCUGCAACGCAUAUUUCGUUGUGAUGAAGUGAAUGGUAGGAUAAAAUGUGUAAACUGUAGUAAUAAUACUGGAAAUAUUACUGGGUGGUGUUAUGAUGAUAAUCAACAGCCUGGCAAAAAAAGGCAAGGGGUAAACAGUAGGUGGGGCUCCCAUGAUUCAUUACAUGAACUUUAGCUUUACAGGAACAUGAGGUUUAUUUUUAAAAUAAUAUCUAAGUAUUUGUUAGUCAGCUGGGUCCAUGUCCAGUCUAGCUUCAUUUGAAUCUAACCCAAGCUAUUAGAAAUUAACUGAUUUCACUGACCAAGAAAUGAUGAUGAAAACUGCAUUUUAUAUUUCCUCAGGCUGUGUUUGUGUGAUAUUAAAGUUGGUUUCAUAAUCUGAAAUAUUAAAUGUGAAUUAAAAAGAAAUAAAUGAAAUCUAUGAUUUAAAAAAAAACGUUUCUGCUGUACUUUAUAUGUAUACUUUUCUAACAUUUGAUGUCCUUAAUUGUAAAUAAUUAAAUAAUUACUUAAUUAUUAUUGUAUUAGUAAUUACUGUACUUAAAUAAUUACUUAAAUUAAAAUGUACACAUUUGUUUGGUUUUAAAAAGCUGUUGGUAUAAAAUAACCCAGACUAUUAAAUGUAUUCAUUUCUUGAAAUUGCAGAGUUACUAUCAGAUUUUAUUUUAUUGAUUCAUAAUAUAUUCACAAUAAUGAUGUAUUUACUGGACUUUAUUUUUUAUGCCUUUAUUUUCCCUUCAGAAUAAAGCU